AUGGACGCCUAUGGCAAAUCCGGGAGCAUGUUUGCUGCACAGUUGGUCUUUGAAUCGUCCCUAGCUACUAGAGACGUCAUCAGCUGGAAUGCUCUCAUGGGAGGCUACAGCCGUCAGGGAGACAGCCACCUAGUCUUUGAGCUCUUUGCUGCGUCGCAAGACGAGGGCCUUCGACCCGACAAUGCAACACUUCUGUGCAUUCUUUCUACGUGCGCUCACUCGGGUCUGGUGGACAAAGGAAACAAGUAUUUCCAGGCAAUGAGCUCACGGUUUGGUUUAAGCCCCGGCUACGAGCAUUACGUCUGCAUGGUUGAUCUCCUCGGACGAUCGAACCAGCUAGAGCAGGCACUGGCACUGUUAAGAAGUAUGCCCAUGGAGCCGGAUGUAGCAGCAUGGCGAACUUUGCUUGCAGCCUGUGAGAAGUGGAAGAACGAGAAAGUUGGGAAGAUAGCCUUCGAGUCUGCUGUAAGACUGGGUGACAACAACGCUGCUGCCUACACGAUGAUGGCGAGCAUCUACGAGAGCGAGGAUAGAAGAACCGAGGAGAAUUCUUAA